GCCCGCCAUUCACCGCACAAUCAUCGACCUCUUCAUACCUCCACUCGCCCAUAUUAUCUCUGUCUCCGUCCCUUGCGCACCGUGAUGAAGGGCCUAAAAAAAUUACUCCGUAAUUCACAAGCUAGAGUCUUCAGGGAAAAAAUUAUUUAAUACUCCAUAGAUAGUACUUCGUAUGUUUGCCUGUUGGAGCUGUCUUCUGGAAUUGGAUAAGAAGUGAAGAACGAUACACUCAACGCGCUCUUCGAGGGAGGCUACGAGUCCUGCGACACAGAGAUUCAAGGAUGCCGAGAAGGGUAAAGAUGGUAUCAGGUGAACAAUGAUCGAAUGCUUUGGCCGGUUGCCCGUUAGCCCCAAAUGGUUGAACCUCGACUUCCCACUAAAAAGAGAAAGAAAAAAAGUACCCGCCAAAUUAAAGAAACUGAUACAAGCCAGGCCAACCUCCCACUCCCAUCUUCUUCUCUUCAGCAGCCAUUCAAUCAUUCAUUUACUUUUUACAAAGAAGCAUAUACUUAGAUCGAUCAAAAAGCUAAAGCAAAAGCGAAAAGGGCCACUCCAAAAGCAACAAAGAGAAGAAAACCCACAAUAUGUUGUUCUAUAUGCACCAAAGAUUCAAUCUUUAUUUAUACCCUCAAUCCCCCAUGCAGCUAACCAACACUCCUCAUUCCCGAUAUCUUCCUGGAUUUCUCUACCAUGUCAGAGAUUGUUCCUGCAGAGCCCAUUGGGGAGGGUACUUCCCACGGUGUAGCUAGUACAAGUUACAGCUCCACCCGCCGCGACAGGCCCUUCACCAGGGCAAUCACUUACUGGCGUGAGUAUUCGCCCGAGCCCUUUGACAGUGAGAGGCUGCCAGUCACUUUGGCUCCGGAUAUCCAGCGGUUUCUUCGGGUGGCGAAUCAGAUUGAUUCGGAGCAUCCUCGUGUAGCAUAUCUUUGUCGCUUUCAUGCAUUUGAAGCAGCUCACACGGUGGACCGCCAUUCAAGUGGACGAGGCGUACGGCAAUUCAAGACUUCCCUUCUUCAACGCCUUGAACUUGAUGAAGAAGGCACAAUGAGGAAAAGGAAGGAAAGGAGUGAUCUUCGUGAACUUAGACAUGUUUAUCAUACAUACAAAAGCUACAUUGCCGAGCAUGUUGGAGAUUUGAACCUUAAAGCUAGAGAGAAGUUGACCAAAGCACAAAUCAUUGCUUCUGUAUUGUUUGAAGUAUUGAAUAAAGUUUCCACGUCUGCAGGAUUUCAGGCCAUUACUGAUGGUGAGAGCAUCGAUGCUAAAUCUGAAAUAUAUGUUCCAUAUAAUAUCCUCCCACUUGAUCAAGUAGGGGCUCAUCAACCUAUCAUGCAACUCCAAGAGAUCAAAGAUACUCUUGAUGCAAUCCGUAAUAUUCGUGGGUUGCCCUUCCCUGAAGAAUGUAGAAGGCGAAUGACUAACAUGGAUUUGUUUGAUUGGCUCCAGUUUUGGUUUGGAUUUCAAAAAGGAAACAUUGACAACCAAAGAGAACAUCUGAUACUACUAAUUGCUAACAUCCAUGUCAGGCAAGCUCAUGAGCACACAUUAGUUCCAAAGGUAGUUGAUUUUGCUGUUGAUGAGCUCAUGAAUAAGUUUUUUAAAAACUAUUCAGAUUGGUGCAAAUUUGUGGACAGGGAAAGCAACAUCAGGCUGCCAAAGCUGAAACAGGAGGCCCAGCAAUGCAAGCUUUUGUAUUUGGGACUUUACCUUUUAAUAUGGGGAGAGGCUGCUAAUUUAAGGUUAAUGCCGGAGUGCCUAUGCUACAUAUUUCAUCACAUGUCCUAUGAAUUGCACAGCAUGUUGGUUGAUGCUGUAAGCAUGACAACUGGACAGAAGGUUAUGCCGGCUUACGGAGGUGGAUAUGAGUCCUUUCUUAAAAAUGUAGUUUCACCAAUUUACGAAGUAAUAAAAGAGGAAGCUAUGAAGAGCAGCAAUGGCACAUCAAGUCAUUCAACCUGGAGGAACUAUGAUGAUCUCAAUGAGUUUUUCUGGUCCCCAAAUUGUUUCCAAAUAGGAUGGCCCAUGCGCUUGAACCAUGAUUUCUUUUUUGUAAAUUCUUCACCGAAUCAGAAGGUUAAAAAGGUUCAGAAUCCACUUGGAAAUGUUGCCGACAAAAAAAGUGAAAAUAAUGAAGAUGAAGCAAUGAGGGAGGUAAAGAAACAAAAAUGGUUAGGGAAGACAAAUUUCGUCGAGAUCCAUUCAUUUUGGCAGAUUUUUAGAAGCUUUGAUAGGUUAUGGAGCUUUCUUAUCCUUUCACUUCAGGCUAUGGUAAUUAUGGCAUGUCAUGAUUUAGAGUCGCUGCUACAAGUGUUUGAUGCUACAAUACUGGAGGAUGUUAUGAGCAUAUUCAUCACGUCUGCUGUCCUUAAACUUGUGCAUGCUAUUAUGGACACUGUCUUUACAUGGAAAGCAAUAAACUCAUUGAACUCUGCUCAAAUCACCAAAUGCCUACUGAAGGUGGUUGUUGCUGUGAUAUGGACCAUUAUUCUUCCUAUAUUUUAUGCAACUUCUCGAAGAAAAUAUACUUGUUAUUCAGCAGACGCUGGAGACUGGCUUGGAGAGUGGUGUUAUUCCACCUAUAUGGUUGCAGUGGCACUGUACUUGAUGACUAAUUCUGUUGACAUGAUUCUAUUUCUUGUACCCGUGGUUGGGAAAUACAUUGAGACCUCCAAUUCCCGUAUAUGCAUUCUUUUAUCUUGGUGGACACAGCCAAGGCUAUUUGUUGGACGAGGAAUGCAAGAAAGUCAACUCGCUCUCUUGAAGUACACACUCUUUUGGGUCUUUUUAUUGCUAAGCAAACUCACAUUUAGCUAUAUAUUUGAGAGUUCAGAAUGUCCAGUCAAAGACCUAUGGAUGGUACAGGUGUCCACUCAGGCCUAGGAAUGUAAAGCAGAAUCUCAGAACCAAAUUGUUGUUUAUAUACAGAUAAAACCACUUAUAUCACCUACACGACAGAUUAUGAGGAUAGGGGUCAAAGAUUAUGACUGGCACGAGCUUUUCCCUUAAAGAGCAAUGCUGGUGCAAUCACUGCUAUAUGGGCACCUGUUAUACUUGUAUAUUUCAUGGAUGCACAAAUAUGGUACUCUGUUUAUUGUUCCCUUUUUGGUGGAGUAUAUGGAAUUCUAAGCCGCCUUGGUGAAAUUAGGACACUAGGAAUGAUGAGAACCAGAUUUGAAAGUUUUCCUUCUGCGUUCAACAAACGUCUCGUUCCACUACAGGCAAAAGAAAGUGAGAAUGGAAUAAAAAGGUUGUUAUUCCACCAGAGUUUCCAUAAGUUUCAGGAUUCACAAAUCAAGAUGAAUGGCGAAGUGAACUUUGUACUUGUAUGGAACCAGAUUAUUUAUAGUUUCCGUGAAGAAGACUUGAUAAGCAACAGGGAGAUGGAUUUGAUGAAAAUGCCUGUCUCGUCAGAGUUAUUCUCAGGCCGGAUUCGUUGGCCUGUAUUCCUCUUAGCAAACCAGCUCUCGACAGCACUCAGUAUUGCCACAGAUUUUGUGGGUAAAGAUGCACAGCUUUUAAGAAAGAUUAAAAAAGACAAGUGUGGGUAUCUGGCUGUAACUGAGUGUUAUGAGUCACUGAAAUAUAUCAUAGACAUCCUUGUUGUUGGUGAUAUGGAAAGAAGGGUUGUUUCUUGCAUAUUCAAUGAAAUUGAGGAGAGUAUUAGAAGAUCAACUUUUCUUGAGGACCUGAAGAUAAGUGCACUACCAAGAGUACAUGAGAAGUGCAUUGAGUUACUUGAGCUUCUGGUUGAGGGGAUCGAAGACAACUACAGCAUAGUAGUAUUAGUAGUCCAAGAUAUAUUUGAGAUAGUGACCAGUGAUUUGAUGCUAAAUGGUUCCAGGGUAGUGGCUUCACUUCUCGCUCAACAAGAAAUGGAGGCAACAGAAUUUUUUUCUAGUCAAAUUGAAGCACCAUUAUUUGCAUCAAAACAUUGCCUCAAUUUUCCAAUGCAAGAUACUGACUCCUUAAUGGAUAAGAUCAAGCGGUUUCUUUUUCUGCUCACUAUCAAAGAUAAAGCAUUGGAUGUGCCAAAGAACUUGAAAGCACGGAGACGAAUUACUUUUUUCGCCACUUCUUUAUUCAUGGACAUGCCAAGUGCACCAAACGUCCGCAACAUGCUGUCUUUCAGCAUUUUAACUCCACACUACAAGGAAGAAGUUAAAUUUUCAUCGAAGGAGCUUCAUUCAAGUAAACAAGGAGUGUCUAUUAAUUUUUAUAUGAAGAAGAUAUAUCCUGAUGAAUGGAAAAACUUUUCUGAACGUAUAGGAAUGGAUAUAUCAAAUGACUUAGUUGAUGAAAGUUAUGAAGAAGAGAUCAGGAAAUGGGCUUCUUUUCGUGGGCAAACUCUAAGCCGGACAGUACGAGGAAUGAUGUACUACAGGGAAGCUAUAAAGUUGCAAGCUUUUCUUGACUUGGCUUGGAAUGAUGGCAUUCUUCAAGGUUAUGACACAAUGUGGAGUGAAAAUGAGAGAUUAGCAGCUCAAGUUGAAGCACUUGCAGACAUGAAAUUUACUCAUGUUGUUUCUUGUCAAGUGUUUGGAUCUCAGAAGUCCUCUGGAGAUCCCCAGGCGCAAGACAUACUUGAUUUGAUGAUAAGUUAUCCUUCUUUACGUGUUGCUUACGUGGAAGAGAGAGAAGAAGGAAGGUCUCACAAAACUUAUUCAUCUAUUCUGGUUAAAGCUGUCAAUGGUUUAGACCAGGAGGUGUAUCGCAUCAAACUCCCAGGUUCACCAAAUAUUGGAGAAGGCAAACCAGAGAAUCAAAAUCAUGCCAUAAUUUUCACGCGUGGAGAAGCUCUCCAAGCAAUCGACAUGAACCAAGAUAAUUAUAUGGAGGAAGCUUUCAAAAUGAGAAAUAUCUUGCAGGAGCUUCUGCGUCACCGAGGUCGUAGGCCUCCCACUAUAAUUGGCAUAAGAGAGCAUAUAUUUACUGGAAGUGUUUCUUCUUUAGCUUGGUUCAUGUCCUAUCAAGAGACCAGCUUUGUCACAAUCGGCCAAAGACUUCUAGCUAAUCCACUCAGGGUCAGGUUUCAUUAUGGUCAUCCUGAUUUGUUCGAUAGAAUAUUUCACCUGACAAGAGGAGGUAUUAGCAAGGCAUCAAAAACCAUUAACUUGAGCGAGGAUGUUUUUGCAGGAUUUAACACUAUGCUACGGCAGGGAUCUGUUACAUAUCUUGAGUAUAUGCAAGUUGGCAAAGGACGUGAUGUAGGACUCAACCAGAUCUCCAAGUUUGAAGCAAAAGUAGCAAAUGGAAACAGUGAACAAACAAUUAGUCGAGACAUAUACCGCCUCGGUCAUCGAUUUGAUUUCUUUCGGAUGCUCUCUUUUUAUUUCACUACAAUAGGGUUCUACUUUAACAGCCUGAUAUCAGUGAUAACAAUAUAUGUGUUCCUUUACGGGCAGUUAUAUCUAGUCCUGAGUGGUCUUCAGAGAGCAAUAGCUGUCGAGGAAAAAGAACAAAACCUAAAACCACUUGAAACAGCUUUGGCAUCACAGUCCUUUAUCCAACUAGGUCUCCUGACAGGCUUACCAAUGGUGGUAGAGAUUGCACUUGAGCAUGGUUUGCUAAAUGCACUUAAAGAUUUUGUGCUAAUGCAACUUCAGCUGGCUGCUGUGUUCUUUACGUUUUCAUCUGGUACAAAAGCCCACUACUAUGGUAGAACAAUUCUCCAUGGGGGUGCCAAGUAUAGGCCCACUGGGCGAAAGGUUGUGGUUUUUCACGCAAGCUUCACUGAGAACUAUAGGUUAUACUCGCGGAGCCACUUUUUGAAAGGAUACGAGUUGAUUCUUCUGUUGGUGGUUUAUGAUCUGUUUAGACGUGGAUAUGAAAACACAGUGGUUUAUGUUCUAAUUACGUAUUCGGUCUGGUUUAUGUCAAUGACUUGGCUGCUUGCUCCGUUUCUGUUUAAUCCCUCUGGAUUUGAAUGGGGAAAGAUAAUGGAUGACUGGAAAGACUGGAACAAGUGGAUACACCAGAAAGGUGGUAUAGGAAUCCAACAGGACAAAAGUUGGCAGUCAUGGUGGUAUGAUGAGCAAGCUCAUCUUCGCCAUUCUAGCCUGCUUUCCCGUUUUUUUGAGAUACUCCUUUCUCUGAGGUUUUUCAUUUACCAAUAUGGAUUGGUCUAUCACCUAGACAUCUCUGGGGACAACAAAAAUUUCAUUGUUUAUUUGCUCUCUUGGGUGGUCAUUCUCUUGAUUUUCAUUUUGGUCAAGGCAGUCAGAAUCGGGAGACGAUUUCUUAGUGUUGAAUACCACCUGGCCUUCAGGUUCUUUAAAGCGCUGCUUUUUGUGGGAGUUAUAGCUAUAAUCAUAACCCUUUCAUACGUCUGUGAUCUGUCCGUUAGAGAUUUGAUUGUCUGCUGUUUAGCAUUUCUACCAACCGGGUGGGGAUUGAUAAUGGUUGCCCAGGUUGUGAGACCAUUGAUCGAAGGAACAGCGGUAUGGAAUUUCACUGAGGUCUUUGCUCAAGCUUAUGAUUACGGAAUGGGAGUUGUUAUCUUUGCCCCUCUAGCUUCCCUGGCAUGGAUGCCUAUAAUUUCUGCCUUCCAAACCCGCUUCCUUUUCAAUGAGGCCU